AUGAGCAUGGGUGUCUUUGCAGGAGCUACAGGAAUAGUCAAGUGUUUCUAUCUCUUCAAGUUCGAUCCUUCGAGCAUAGCGACGGCAGCCGGCCUCUAUAUUUGGGAAAGCGCCGAGAUAUCGGCAACAAUCAUGGCUGCAUCGAUUCCGAUGCUACGGAAGCUGGCGCUCAACGCAGGGACACGAGACUCGCCGCCCGAGAGUGGCGAGAAUGUGUUAUUGUCAAACUUUCGACGUCAAUUGCGCAUUUUUGGUCUCAAAAGCGAACAGACGAAUAACACGACAAGCUCGUCUCGUCCGUAA